AGUUAGUAAUGUGUUGUUGUAGGAGAGGCAUAUAAAAUUUAGUUUCGAGUGAGUGCGUUCGGAUUUUUAACGAAAAAUGAAGAAUUGCGAUAGUUGUUGAUAAUUCUUUUGAUAUUGAAAACUGACUGAACUCCAAUUUCAUCGUUCAUUUUGUGAUACCGUAAGUAAAUGAAUACCCUUACUAUGUUGUUGAUAAUAUGGUUUACGUUCAUCAGCAGCACAUUUUCUAUCAAACUUCUUCCAGAUGUAAAGAAAAUAGAAGUUAAUACUCCAAAAACACUUGAAAUUUCUGUGAAUAAUUUAGUAGAAUAUAUAAUUUAUUACAGGCAACUAUCCGCGCGUAAUCCAUAUCGUAUCAAAGUCAGUAGUAAAAACGCAGAUCCUCAGAAUCCUGUACUAGUUGUUGUUCGUCAAGAAAAGGAUGUUAUCUCAUGGGAAUUACCGCUUCACGUGACAACAUCGAAGAAUCAAGACAAAUACUAUCAUGUUACUUCCAGAACAAUGUGCCAUAAUAAUAUGAAUGUAAUUAAUACACUUAGUUUCAGAAGUUUUAUGGAAAAAUCAUUCCACCAAGAUUUCACCAUAGGGAUAUCAAGUUCAUGCAACAUAAACUCCACUGUUUCAAUUGAGACAAUAGAAGAAGAAAAUUUUUUCGUGAAGGAUGGAGAGAAUGUGACAUUAACUGUUUCUCCAAGUCAAUCUAGAUAUUUUUUCUAUAAAUUCAGUUCCCAAGAUAGUGAUACCUUGACAAUCGAGUUGAAUUCGAAUGAUGAUGCCUGUUUGAUUGUUUCCAUACAGGAUAGUACUUGUCCAGUUUUUGAUCUCAAUGAGGACAUAAUGUUCAGGGGUAAAUACCAGACAAUAUCAAGAAAAGGAGGGCUGACGAUUAAAAGAAAAGAUUUUUCAGAAGGAUUCUUCAUUGUUUUUGUUAUGAAACCUGACAACUAUGACUGUUCGCAAGAGCUAUCAAUUUACCCCGUUACAAAGUAUUACUUUGAACGUAACUCGGAUGCAACUUCCAAUGUAAGUUUCGUUAUUCGCAGCAGCCUUGGUAGAAAACAGUAUGUAACCUCAACCAUCGUCACAAUGUCUGGAAUACUUUUCUUCUACUUGGUGGCUUUGGUACUCAUUGUAGCAUUUAGGAAAUAUGGUAGUAUGAAAAAUAUAAAUGCUGCGAAAGAAGUUAUUUCUUUAGAUGAAGAUGUUGUUGAUGAUACUUUACCAAGAAGUACUAUGGACAUCGUUUAUGUUCUGGAAAAACCAGAUUUAAAUGUGAAAGUUUUAACCAAGUAUCCUUUGAAAGACAAAAUAAGGUCGUUCAAUUAUUUAUGGCACAUCAUAAGUAUUGCUAUAUUCUACAGUAUUCCAGUGGUACAGCUCGUGAUUGCUUACCAAAGGAUGCUGAAUUACACUGGAGAUGAAGAUUUGUGCUAUUAUAAUUUUCUCUGCGCCCAUCCAUUGUUCAGUUUCAGCGAUUUCAACCAUAUUUUCUCCAACAUUGGGUAUAUUUUCAUGGGAAUAUUAUUUCUUUUCGCAACAUUUCAUAGGCAACAAGUAUUGCCCUUUCGAUUCGAAGUUGGUAUUCCUGUACAUUAUGGACUUUUCUAUUCUAUGGGUAUAGCUUUGAUAAUCGAAGGUCUCCUUUCAGCAUGUUAUCAUAUGUGCCCUAGUCAGUCCAAUUAUCAAUUUGAUACAAGUUUUAUGUAUGUGAUGGCGGUGCUAUGUAUGAUUACUUUAUAUCAGAAUCGCCAUCCAGAUCUGAAUGCAAGUGCCUAUGGAACAUUCUCAGUUUUAGGAUUUGGAAUAUUUCUAGCAACAAUGGGUAUUUUGAAUGGGAGUCUGACUAUAUGGAUCAUAUUUUUUAUUGGAUACACAAGUUUAUGUUUUUAUAUUUCAUUCAAAAUAUAUUUUUUGAGUUUUGUGAUUCAAGGUUUAUAUAAAUUCAGAGACGAUUUAUCGAAAAAUGGCUUUGGAAGGGAAACAUUCUCACCUAUAAAAAAAACUCGAUUUCUGAGUCUCAUAACCAUCAAUAUCAUCAACAUAGGAAUGUUAGGAAUAGGUUUGAUAUUAUAUUCAAAAGGAAAAACAGAUUUUGGAACGUUCCUGCUGGGUCUGCUAAUGGCGAACGCUAUUGUUCAUGCAUUGUUCUACACAACAAUGAAGAUUAUCCAUAACGAGAGAAUCUGCAUAGAAGCAAUUGUUUAUGGUGUGCUGGGAAUUCUGAGUUGGAUAGCUGCAACCAUAUUUUUUCUGGAUGCUGCUACUCUAUGGACGGUUACACCAGCUGAAUCGAGACAAUGGAAUCAAGAAUGUAUUUUGAUGAACUAUUACGAUAAACAUGACGUAUGGCAUUUACUUAGUGCUCCAGCUCUCUAUUUUACGUUUAUGUUUCUGAUGUGUAUUGAUGACGAUAUUAUUGACAAAAGACAGGAUAAUAUACCUGUUUUUUAAAUAAAAAUAUUUCGAAAUAA